AUGAGCUUCGCACCCAUCAACCCCCGCCCUAUGCUUGAGGAGCUCGUCAGCAAGCAGGUUCUGGUUCGCCUAAAAUGGGGCGAGACUGAAUACAAGGGCACUCUGGUCUCGAUAGACAGUUAUAUGAACAUUCAACUUUCUGGUACCGAAGAGUACAUCGCCGACAAGCCCACUGGUUCUUUGGGACAAGUACUGAUCCGAUGCAAUAACGUGCUAUGGGUGCGCGCAGCUGAUGCAGGAGGCGACGCGGAUGCUGCCAUGUCUGGUUAA